AUGGCGUCUCACAACAGCACAGAGAUCGAGUUGACCCCGCAAACACAGAACUCUUCUACAGGGACUCUGACAGAUGUAGAGCUGCUUCCCACCGGCGCCGGCAUGCCGCCUGAAAGCGAAGAGGGUCACUCUCUACCACCCACGGACGGCGGUAAAGAUGCGUGGUUGUUUCUCUUCUCUUGCUUUAUGCUGGAGGCUCUUAUAUGGGGCUUCCCGUCAACCUACGGUGUCUUCCAGGAGUACUAUAGCAGCAACGACUUCGCUGGAUCCAGCAAUCUUGCUAUUGUGGGCGCUUGCGCAACGGGUAUCAUGUAUAUGGAUAUUACAUUUUGGUUCGCGGUCUUGAAGUGCUAUCCGCGACUUCGUCCUUGGGCAACUCCAGUUGGUCUGGUUGUUAUGUGCCUAGCACUUGGUCUGGGAUCGCUAUCCACAAGCGUUUACCAUCUCAUCCUCACCCAAGGAAUCAUGUACGCCAUCGGCGGCGGCCUAGCUUGGACGCCUAUCCUCUUCUAUAUCGAAGAAUGGUGGGUACGAAGACGAGUAUUCGCCUACGGCGUGACCAUGGCAGGCUUGGGUCUGUCUGGUGCUAUCCUGCCCCUUGUCCUGGAAUGGCUCCUCCACAGUUACGGCUUCCGAACCACGUUGCGAGUCUGUGCGCUCAGCUUCAUUGCCUUGAACUUUCCGAUAUUGUUUUUCUUCAAGCCUCGACUGCCACAGUCUCAAGUCAAUCUGCCGUUCAAGUUUGACAUGUCAUUCUGGACAUGCUCGAAGUUCUUGAUCCUGCAAUCAGGAAACAUCUUCCAGAGCCUUGGCUAUUUCCUGCCAGCAAUCUACCUGCCCACCUUCGCCCGAUCACUCGGUGCCAACACAAUCGAGAGCACGGUGACUAUCAUUCUUCUGAAUGCUGCAGCCUUUGUAGGAUCACUGGCUAUGGGUGUGGCGGUCGACAAGUACAGCAUCGUCAACUGCUUGUUCAUCACGGCGAUAGGCUCGGCCACUGGCGUUUUUCUUCUUUGGGGCCUAUCUACAUCGCUGGCCCCACUCUAUAUCUUCAGUAUUGUCUACGGUGCGUUCGGUGGCUGUCAGGCGAGCACCUGGAGUGCCAUUAUCCGCGAUACGAAAGAAAAGCGCGCUAGCGCUGAUUCGGGUAUGAUCUUUGCGUUCUUGUCUGCUGGCAAGGGUGUGGGUAACUUGGCCUCUGGUCCUCUCUCGGAAGCUCUGCUCCAUGCGGGGACUUUUAAAGCUGGCUUCGCAUACGGCAGCGGUUACGGUGCGCUCAUCGUCUUCACCGGCGCAACUGCUCUUCUCAGUGGUUGGAGUUUUGGAGCGAAAAGACUCGGCUGGAUGUGA